UUUCCAAGAUCUCGAAUAAUCUGCAACUGUCACAUUCACGUUCAUGAUGGCUGCUUCUUUUCUGCAAAAUUAUCACUGCGUCAAGGAUCCAGGUUCAUCAAUCAUCGUCUCUUUCACACAACGCGCAAACGAGACGUAGUCAAGCCAUUCUUGUUGGCGGAUAUUGGCGAAGGGACUCGAGAAUGUCAAAUCAUCCAAUGGUUCGUGCAGCCAGGUGCUCGCGUCGAGCAAUUCGACAAGCUCUGCGAAGUACAGUCGGACAAGACAGCUUCUGAUUUGUACUAUGAAGCAGAUGACAUGGCUCUCGUCGGAAAGCCAUUAUUGGACAUCGAUAUACAAAGCGACAUCACGCCUGAGAGUGAGGCACUUAUCGAGGAAUCUGGCGGUGAGAAAGCAGAUGUGCCACAAAAGGAAGCACCGCGAUCCCAAGCACCCCAACAUGAGGCUCAAAAUGUCGAGAGGGAGGAAGUUCAGGGUCCUCUGAGCAGGACGAAGCAUCACGACAAAGGACUGGCGACUCCUGCUGUGCGACAUCUUAUCAAGGAACACAAUGUCAGAGUUCAAGACAUUGAUGGAAGCGGCAAGGACGGAAGAGUGUUGAAGGAAGAUGUCCAUCGACACGUCUCGCAGACUACCUCUCAGAAGUCAACGCAGCAGCCAUCUGCGAAAGACCAGAAGAAACCUUUGACACCAGUUCAGACGGCCAUGUUCAAAACUAUGACCCGAUCCCUCACAAUACCACACUUCUUGUAUUCGAGCACACUCGACACUGGAAUCCUUAACAGAUUCCGUACGAAGAUCAACAGCACGCGAGAGGCUGGGAACAGACUGACUCCAUUACCUUUCAUAUUGAAGGCGAUUUCGCUUGCAAUGGGCCAUCAUCCAUUGCUCAACGCCUGGUUAGACACAUCAGAUCCGAAGAAGCCCGAGUUGAGUUACAAGGCAGCACAUGACUUUGGGAUCGCAGUGGAUACUCCUUCCGGGUUGCUAGUGCCGAUCGUCAGAAACGUCGAGUCGCAGAGUGUAGGAGCCAUCGCGGAGCAGAUCAAGAUGAUAUCAAGCAAAGCACGCGAAGGUAGACUGGGCGCGAAAGAGCUUCAAGGACCGACGUUUUCAGUGUCGAAUAUUGGAUCGAUUGGUGGUGGAGUUGUCGCACCGAUCAUAGUGGAACCUCAGGUGGCCAUUGUCGGAGUAGGAAGGGCAAGAGUGGUGCCAGGCUUCGAUGAGCAGGGGAACGUGGUCAAGAAGGAAGAGAUGGUUUUAAGCUGGAGUGCGGAUCACCGAGUCGUGGACGGAGCAGAGUGUGCCAGAUGUGCCGAGAGGGUGAACUGGUAUCUGCAGAACAUGGAGGCGUGGGUGCUAGAAAUGAAG